CUUGUUCGUAGUCUAGACAUCACAAGGAAAAUCCCAAAUCUCAUUUCGGGCUCAACAUGUCCACGACCCCCCACCCCACGCGCCCAAUCCCAAGCUACAGUUGUUUUGGCGGGAAAAUUCCCCAAAUCGACGAGAGAAGAUAACCGCGCGCUGACCGUCUCCUUCGUCGGCCAGCCCUCCCAUUUCCUAGGGUUUCUCCUCCUGAGCGAAAUAUUCCUCCAUCCGCGGGAGAUUCAAUCCGGUGCAGCUCAUCGCCAUGCCGACCUACAAGAUUAGGGGCGUCGAUGUCGAUUUCCCUUUCGAGGCCUACGACUGUCAGCUCGUUUACAUGGAGAAAGUCAUUCAGUCUCUACAGGAACGGUGCAAUGCUCUUCUUGAAAGUCCUACUGGGACGGGGAAAACACUGUGCCUUCUCUGUGCCACGUUGGGUUGGAGGAAGAGCCUGGGCAGUUUCUCAACUGGCAGCAUGAAAGGCGAGAGCCAGGAUCAAGCAUUUUCACAGUCACAAUCCGAUUCAAACAAGCUACCAACCAUUGUUUAUACUUCACGUACUCAUAGUCAGCUGCGCCAAGUGAUUCAAGAGCUGAGGAGAAGCAACUACAGGCCCAAAAUGGUGGUGUUAGGGUCUCGGGAACAGUUAUGUAUCCAUGAGGAGGUCAGUUCACUUCGUGGAAGAGCACAAAACAGUGCAUGCCAUUACUUGUGCAGAAAGGGUGCGAAGCGUCGCUGCAAACAUUACUUUCAUGUUGCUGAAUACAUGAAGAGCAAUCCUUAUCUUGGAGAUGACCCAAUUGACAUUGAGGAUUUGGUCAACAUUGGAAGGAAAUCUGGACCGUGUCCCUAUUAUUUAUCGCGGGAACUCCACAAGUCUGUUGAUAUUAUCUUUGCCCCCUACAACUAUCUCAUUGAUAAUGCAUAUCGAAAAUCUCUGGCAGUUGACUGGACGAACACUGUACUCAUUUUUGAUGAGGCACACAACUUGGAGAGUUUAUGUGCUGAUGCAGCCUCAUUUGAUCUGCCCUCUCAUCUUCUGACGGCUUGCAUAUCUGAAGCCAAAAAUUGUAUUGAUCAUUCUGUAUCAAGAAGAGAACAAUCAAAUGAUAAAUCACGUAAUCCAGACAAUUUUGCCAUACUCCGAGCCUUACUCUUGAAACUAGAGAAACGGAUUAUGGAUGUACCUAUUGAAUCCAAGGAAUCGGGAUUUACCAAGCCUGGACCUUACAUCUAUGAACUAUUCUCUGACCUGAAUAUCACUCAUGAGACUGCUUCUAUGCUCAUCGCUACGAUUGAGGACGCUGCUGUGCUGCUUGAGGAAUCUAAUCAGCUGCAAUCAAAGGGCAACAUAUGCAGGCUUGAAACUAUGGGUGAAAUUCUUAAGCUGAUUUUCAAAGAAAAGAACAAUGCUCAUGCAAAAUAUUACCGAGUUCAUGUGCGAGAAGUUGAGGCGCAUUUUUCUGAUAGUUUAAAAGGUAAGGCAUCUAGGUCACUUAGCUGGUGGUGUUUUAAACCUGGAAUUGCCAUGGAAGAGUUCUCGAAGAUGGGUGUUGGUUCGAUCAUAUUAACUUCAGGCACCCUAUCCCCUUUAGAUUCAUUUGCACAGGAACUCAAUCUAAAGUUUCCUAUUCGGCUGGAAAAUCCUCAUGUCAUAUCUUCAGAUCAGCUGUGGGCUGGAGUUGUACCUGUUGGACCAUCAGGAUGCUCCUUCAAUUCCUCUUAUAGAAAUCGCGAUUCUUUGGAAUAUAAACAGGAUCUUGGCAAUGCUAUUGUGAAUUUUGCACGGAUUGUGCCAGAUGGACUGCUUGUUUUUUUCCCAUCAUAUUAUGCUUUGGAGCAAUGCAUCGCUUGUUGGAAAGAUAUGGCACACCCAAAUUCAACAGACUCAAGAUCCAUAUGGGAAAGGAUCUGUAGACAUAAAUUUCCUGUGGUUGAACCUCGACAAUCAUCAGUAUUUUCUGUGUCAAUUGAGGACUAUAUGUCUAAGCUCAAAGACCCCUCAAGUUCAGGUGCAGUAUUUUUCGCCGUUUGUCGUGGCAAGGUAAGUGAAGGAUUAGAUUUUGCUGAUCAUGCCGGGAGAGCGGUUGUGAUUACGGGUUUGCCAUUUGCUACACGGACUGAUCCCAAGGUUCGACUGAAGCGCGACUACUUAGAUGAACAUGCAUGGUCACAAAAUGAUGGGAACAAGGGUCUUACUGGAGAAGAAUGGUAUAGCCAACAAGCAUCUCGAGCCGUGAAUCAGGCUGUGGGACGUGUUAUUCGUCACCGUGAUGACUAUGGAGCGAUAAUUUUCUGUGAUGAAAGAUUUGCACAGUCACAGCGUCAGUCCCAAAUAUCACUUUGGAUACAGCCUCACAUCAAGUGUUACUCCAGAUUUGGUGAUGUUAUUUUUACUUUAACCCGAUUCUUCCGAGAUGCACGGACCCGUCCUUGUAACAAGAGUACAGUGCAAAACUCAGAGAGCGGGAAGUGUGGAGAGAUGAGAGCUCUGGAAUCUCAGGAAAACCGCCUGUCUCCCCAUGCUACUUUAAAACUAGAGGAUCAGAUAAAUGCUAUGGAGUCAACCUCUUCUUUUCUUGAAACUAAAAGUUGGAUAAGUAGGAACCACUUCGAGGAAGUUCUUCCAGCAAACCGCUCCUCUCUUGCUGCCAAUAAGAAAAUUCAGGAAUCAAAAUGGGUUUCCUCAGAGGACUUACUCCAUCGUGGGAAAAGUCCUCAAAUUUCAGGAAGUAAAAUUCUGCAACGUUAUAGCAAAACAAUUGAUUUGACUGAUGAUACCUUGUUGGACAAGAAACCAAGCAUGGAAACCUUAACACCUUGCGCAUUGAAGCGCAAAUUACCAUCAAGUCUAGAGAAUAGUGAGAUGCUAACUUCAGGGAGCGGUCUACAGUCAGAAAGACAUGUCUCUGCCAAAUUAGGCAAAGACAAGGAUGACAGUUGGAGCCGAAGGAACGCUCAAGUGGGGUCAGCUCAUAUGUCUAAAAAGGAUGGGCAUGUACAAGGAAGCAAUCUGAAUAUUUUUGACCGGAAAGAUAAAGUUGUUCAGCAAAGUCAGGACCCUUUGGAUGAUGAGGAAGCUCGGGGAUCUGCUUUUCUUAUUCAGGUGAGGGAGAAGCUCAAUGCUACGGAAUAUAAGGAGUUUGUUGGGUUUAUGAAAGCACUGAAGUCAAAUGCAAUGAAAAUUGGCUUUGUUCUGCAAUCUAUUGCAAGAUUAUUUUCGGGACCAGAAAGGCUUCCCCUUUCAAUAAGAUUUAAGGAUUUUAUUCCUGCAAAGUACCGUCUUCUAUACGAGCCGUAUCUGGGAGCUAAUGACAUGAAUUCGAGUGCUCCCAAUUAAAGCUGGUGCUUUAUUUCAAUGGAGCAGCUGAAUAGCCUGUCAAACUAGCUGAGAAGCUGAACAUUGCAGUUUCAUCGGCCUGGGCUAGAAGGAUGAUUUUCAUCGGAUUGGGCCUUGCUCGACUGAUGCUUCUGCUAUUCGGAAACCGUGAGAAGUUUAAGAAUCAUCUGGCUCGAGAGAAGCAGGUUGUAGAUAUGAGGUAUAGCUCAGAUACUACAGCUUUCCCUGGAUGUUCUCGGCUUAUUACUUUCGAAGGCAAAGGAAAUUUUGAGGAUCCUCAAAGUGAAGUUACUCGCAACAGAUCACAAUCUUUUCACUCAUAUCGUUCCGUGUAAAUGGUUGUAUAAUAAUUUGAUUGGUUUACUGCACGCUGCGGUAACAUUCUUCUGAUAAAGCAUAUGCAUAUUUCGUCCCAUACUUAAAUUUAUAAUGGAUAUUGGGCGUUUGGUUGA